UUGACCCUCAAUGGAAACGUAGUCUAUGCUCGUGGAUGAGAAAUGUAGCGUCGGCCAUCUUGAUUCUCUUUCACAGAAGGAGCUUGUGGAGUCAAGAUGAGCUCCUUAAAGCUACAGAAGAGGCUGGCAGCCUCGGUUAUGCGAUGCGGCAAGAAGAAGGUCUGGUUGGAUCCCAACGAGAUCAACGAGAUUGCUAACACCAACUCGCGCCAAAACAUUAGGAAACUCAUCAAAGAUGGUCUCAUCAUCAAGAAGCCUGUUGCUGUUCACUCGAGAGCUCGCGUUCGCAAGAACACUGAGGCCAGACGCAAAGGUCGUCAUUGCGGCUUCGGUAAAAGAAAGGGUACGGCGAACGCCCGAACCCCUCAAAAAGAUCUCUGGAUUCAAAGGAUGCGAGUUCUGCGUCGCCUCUUGAAGAAGUAUCGCGAGACGAAGAAAAUCGACCGCCAUCUGUAUCACUCGCUGUACAUGAAGGCUAAAGGUAACGUUUUCAAGAACAAGCGAGUGCUGAUGGAGUUCAUCCACAAGAAGAAAGCGGAAAAGGCCCGCGCGGAGAUGCUGUCUGAUCAGGCCGAGGCCCGACGCACGAAGGUCAGGGAGGCCCGUAAACGCCGCGCCGAGCGCAUCGCUUCGAAGAAGCAAGAGCUGUUGCAGUCGUAUCAACGCGAGGACGAUGCCGCAAAGAAAUAAACCGCGUGACAUAUUUUAAGGAAAAUUAAAAAUAAAUUGAUAAAGAAAUAA